CUUUGGUAAGUAUAAAAGGCAUCAUAGUAGCACCAAUUUUAUUCAUUCUCAACAAAAAUGGGAGCGAAUGAUGGCGACGACGAACCAGAAAUGCACGUUUUACCGGAAGGCUGUGUCGCAAACGUACUGUCGUUUACAGGUCCUCGAGAUGCGGGCAGAUUAUCAUUAGUCUCCUCCACCUUUAAGUCGGCUUCCGAAUCCGACGCCGUUUGGGAACACUAUCUUCCAAAUGACUACCGCUCCAUCGUCUCCUCCUCCUCGGAUUCCUCUCAUCUCUUGGCCGGCGCUAACUCGAAAAAAGAGCUUUAUCUCCGCCUCUGUGAUGCUCCGAUUCUCAUCGACGAUGGCAGAAAGAGUUUCUCACUGGAUAAAUUUAGCGGGAAGAAAUGUUAUAUGCUGGCGGCGAGGGAUUUGAUGAUCGUGUGGGGUGAUACUCCACGGUAUUGGAGAUGGACCUCUGAACUUAAAUCCAGAUUUGAUGAGGUGGCGGAGUUAAUCGGCGUUUGCUGGCUCGAAAUCUGCGGAAAAAUCAACGUUCGGAUGCUAUCUCCCGACACGCUUUACGGUGCUUAUUUCGUGUUCAAAACGACAGCUGGAGCCUACGGAUUUGACCAGCCGGUGGAUGUGACAGUAGGACUUGCCGGAACUGAAGGACGGAGGCGGAGUGUUUAUUUGGAUGUCGAAGGGGAUAGGCAGCAGCAUUAUCAAAUUGUGGUGAGGCGCGUCGGGAUUUUCAACCACAGCCGCGCCGUGGGAUUGCAAGCGCCGCUACCGACGACACGGGAGAAAAACGACGAUGAUCAUCCCAAGGAGAGAGAGGAUGGGUGGUCGGAGAUUGAAAUGGGGGAGUUUUUCGUCAACGGAGAUGACGACGGAGAUUUUGAAAUGAAAAUUUUGGAGGUGAACGGUGGGAAUUGGAAAGGUGGGCUCAUAACUCAGGGAAUUGAGAUCAGGCCGAAAUACUAAUGUCCUGUCUUCUCCGCCGCCGGCCGGUGGACAUUGCGAUCCGGCAUUUAGUAUUUUUUUUUACUAUAUAGUUUGCUUUUUUAUUUAUUUAUUUCCGUUCAUUCCUAAUGGAUGAUAUUAGUAUUAUUCUAUAUAUGUAAUGUCAAUGUUUGCCAUGACAUGACUUAUUAAAAGUUGAUAUGCAAAGUUGCUUUCAUAAUUCAUAUGCUAA